CUGGAUAGUUUAGAGAAGACGCGAAAGCUGGACGUGCUCAGUCGUCGUUUACUUGAAGGAGCUGAGCUAAAAACCCACAAGUAUUUCCGUGUUGCAGUACCACAGGCACUUACUGGAACAUCACUCGUGGCCCUUCUUGUAGAACAGCUAUUUCAAGGUAUAGCAGACGGUGAUCUCGAGGCUGAGCACCUCGCAACGAUUCUUGUCCAAUAUGGAUAUUUAUUCCCUGUAAUUGAAGAAGUGAAAGAAGUAAAACAAGAUGGAACUUUAUACCGCCUACAGCGUCCAUACUUCUGGCCAUCGCAUGCCACGCAGACUGACAAUGUUGAAUACGCAAUAUAUUUGAACAAGCGAUUGCUCCGGAAUGAGCAAAAGCAUGGUUUAGAAGAUGAUGAAGCUGAGUCCUAUAACAGACUGGCAGAAUUAUUAGCCCAUAUGUGGGGCUUCAUUACUCAGCAGGCUGAGAUGCAACUCAAGCAUCAAAAAGAAAAGAAAAAAGCUGAUAAAGUUGUUUAUGAUUCGGAAGAACGUGCAUUUUGGCGAUCUCGUAGACCCGGCCCUAAUAAGUAUCUGGAGCAACCAAUGCAUAAACUCGAAAGACGGAUUAGAAAAACAACAGUGCAAGGCUACAAAAAUACUAUAGAGAGAUUAAAAUUUAACAUCAAAACAAAACCAUGGCUGAAGGCUUUAAAAGCUUCCGAUACGAUGGUUUCAUGGGUCGAACAACGGGUAGAUUAUGAUCCUUUCUUGAGUCCUCCCGUACCCGGUGGCAAUCCCUGGGUCACUGAAGAUCAAAGUUUCUGGAUUCUCAACUCAGAUUCUGUGGAAAUUCCAACUGAGCUACGAGUAAAGCGUUGGGGCUUAUCUGUUCACGAACUUGUCAGGGACAGUAUGGGUCGACAGGUGCUGGAAACAUUCCUGGAAUCCGAGUAUUCGUCUGAAAACAUCCGAUUCUGGCUAAAGAUCCAAGAAUUGAAAUUAUCCCCUAACAAAGACAUUUACCGCAAAUCCCAAGCCAUCUAUGAUGAGUUUUUGGGACCAAAUGCGGCUUCCCAAGUUAAUGUCGAUAACAGAACCCUUGAUCAAACCGUGGAGUGUUUGCGGAAAGCUAAUACAGAUGCGGCAAAAAGGCACGCUUUCACCCAUUCCGAAGAGCAUGUCUUCACACUCAUGGCUAAAGACUCUUAUCCCCGUUUUGUUCGUUCGCAGAUUUAUAAGGCUGUUUUGUCCGCUGCACAGCAACAAGAUAAGAAAGGUGGCUGGCGAAAUUUCCUGUUCAGCAUGGGCGGAGGGAAAAAGCCAAUGCCUGUUUUAACAAACAAACAGCCAAAAGUUAUUAGGGACGAAUCUAGCUUAAACGCCUUGCCUAAACAACUGUCGUCCGAUUCUUUACCUGUGCGUCAAUCACAUGUACGGCCGGAACCGUCUGAAUAA